AUGCCGAUCUUUAGAAAUGCCAUUACUGUCAUAAUCCAUCCAAGUUUUCAAAAUCCAAAUCCAGUGGCAAACGACAUUUCACUUUCAAGACUUAUUUCACCAGUACCUUUGUCAAUAGCUGUCAAUGUCAUUCAACUACCAUCUCGUUCCGAUUCAACACGAUCUUUUGCUGGACAUCUUUUGACAGCUAGUGGAUUUGGAUGGAAUUUAUAUGAAUAUCCACGAUAUCUUCAUUUUACCCAUUUGGUAGGAAUUUCAGAUGCAACAUGUGCACAUCAUCAUUGGGUAUUCUUAAACACAAUGAUUUGUGCUGUUGGUGCUAAUCAUGCUAGCAGCACUUGUGGUGGAGAUUCAGUCUUAAACAUGCUAUUAAAUAUAGGCGGACCUUUAGUAUCAACAAGCGGUGGAAUUGACACUCUCAUAGGAGUAUCAACUUUUACUCAAACACUUCAAUGUGUCAAUGAUGUUCAAGGAUUCAUGCGAGUUGACAAAUAUUUAGAUUGGAUCAGUUUCUAUACCGGAAUUGUGAUUAGAAAUUAA